CUGCGCCUGCGCUGGGCAGCUGCGGGGCCAGUCGGGACGGAGGAGACAAGAUGGCGCUGCGGGCGAUGCGGGGAAUCGUGAACGGGGCCGCACCCGAGCUACCCAUGCCCACCAGCGGGCCGGUGGUGGGAUCCCGGGAGCAAGCGCUGGCAGUUAGCCGGAACUACCUUUCCCAGCCUCGCCUCACGUACAAGACAGUAUCAGGAGUCAAUGGUCCACUAGUGAUCUUAGAUCAUGUUAAGUUUCCCAGAUACGCUGAGAUUGUCCACUUGACAUUACCGGAUGGCACGAAGAGAAGUGGGCAAGUUCUAGAAGUUAGUGGUUCCAAAGCAGUGGUUCAGGUAUUUGAAGGGACUUCAGGUAUAGAUGCCAAAAAAACAUCUUGUGAGUUUACUGGGGAUAUUCUCCGAACACCAGUGUCCGAGGAUAUGCUUGGUAGGGUAUUCAAUGGAUCAGGAAAACCUAUCGAUAGAGGUCCUGUUGUACUGGCUGAAGACUUCCUUGACAUCAUGGGCCAGCCUAUCAAUCCUCAGUGUCGAAUCUACCCAGAGGAGAUGAUUCAAACUGGCAUUUCAGCCAUAGAUGGCAUGAACAGUAUUGCUAGGGGGCAGAAAAUUCCAAUCUUCUCUGCUGCUGGCUUACCACACAAUGAGAUUGCAGCUCAAAUCUGUCGCCAGGCUGGUUUAGUAAAGAAAUCCAAAGAUGUAGUGGACUACAGUGAGGAAAAUUUUGCAAUUGUAUUUGCUGCUAUGGGUGUAAACAUGGAAACUGCACGGUUCUUCAAAUCUGACUUUGAAGAAAAUGGCUCAAUGGACAAUGUCUGCCUCUUUUUGAACUUGGCUAAUGACCCAACUAUUGAGCGAAUUAUCACUCCUCGCUUGGCUCUAACCACAGCCGAAUUUCUGGCCUAUCAAUGUGAAAAACAUGUAUUGGUUAUCCUAACAGAUAUGAGUUCUUAUGCUGAAGCACUUCGAGAGGUUUCAGCAGCCAGGGAAGAGGUUCCUGGUCGAAGAGGUUUCCCAGGUUACAUGUACACCGAUUUAGCCACAAUAUAUGAACGUGCUGGUCGAGUGGAAGGUAGAAAUGGCUCCAUUACUCAAAUCCCUAUUCUCACCAUGCCUAAUGAUGAUAUCACUCACCCCAUCCCUGACUUGACUGGAUAUAUUACAGAGGGACAGAUCUACGUGGACAGACAGCUGCACAAUAGACAGAUUUACCCGCCUAUUAAUGUGCUGCCCUCUUUAUCACGGUUAAUGAAGUCUGCUAUUGGAGAAGGUAUGACCAGAAAGGAUCAUGCUGAUGUAUCUAACCAGCUGUAUGCAUGUUAUGCUAUUGGUAAGGAUGUACAAGCCAUGAAAGCCGUAGUUGGAGAAGAAGCCCUUACCUCAGAUGAUCUUCUUUACUUGGAAUUUCUGCAGAAGUUUGAGAAGAACUUUAUUGCUCAGGGACCUUAUGAAAACCGCACUGUCUAUGAGACUUUGGACAUUGGCUGGCAACUGCUCCGAAUCUUCCCCAAAGAAAUGCUGAAGAGAAUCCCUCAGAGCACCCUGAGUGAAUUUUAUCCUCGAGACUCUGCAAAGCAUUAGCUGCUACUUUAUCGCUGGCUCGAUACACUUGUGAAAUAGUGUUCUGUUUUCUUUAUUCCUUUUGCACUCCCUAAUCCCCCAUCUCUGUGUUGGAGUUUGCCUUGUUACCCUGUAAUUAAAAACAAAGAAUAGGUAACAUGCUGUGCCAGUGUUGCAAUGUUUUAAACUUCUAACAGACUUUAAAAUAUCCCCUGUUGAGAAAACCCAGGUCAUCAGUGCUCUUUUUAAAGUAGCUUCAGGGAUGGAGGUGAAUUUUUCUUACUGAUGUGUGUUUGUACAUAGUGGUGCAGUUAGUUGCCUAAUAAUGUCUUCAUUAUUUGGGUCACCUCUACUUUAUCUCUCAGC